CUGACCCAAACAUCAAAAAUGGCAGACCCAGAAACCUUACCAGACGCACCAGAGUCCACAACAGACACACCACAAGUAACACAACCAAGCACACAAAAAUCAUCAUCACGACAGCCAAGAAAUGCCACAAAAAACCAGACGCUCAGCGAGUUCUCAAUCCGCAAACCAGAUUGGGUCUACAUUCGCCUUCAACACCUCUCAUCCAAAACAAAUCAAGCACUCGAUGGCGUCACCGCACAAUUGCACUUGAACGCUGCUCUAUCCUCUUUUCUAGGCCUUCACGGCUCAGCAAUUCCAAUCGACAUCUUACACCUCCAAGACCAAGACGUCUGGAUCAGAGCUCCAGCAGAAGAACGAGCUGCAAUCAUCGCAGCUGCCGGAGGCUGGAUCAGCAGCAGCGGUGAAGGCUGGCGCGUGCGAGGUUGGAGUCACUGGAACGCGAACGCUUUCGGUCGAGAUGCAGGGCAGGAUUUAUUUGAUUGAAGUUUGGGUCAACGAAGAACGAAGAACGUUCCGACAGACGCGACGAAUACAUGAAACAUGGCAU